CUGCACACGGCCAGUCAGCGGCGAUCGCCGUCUGCUAAGCUGCAGCCGAAACCGCAGACGCUUCGGGCCAACCCCUGACCUGCCAACCCCAAGCACCCAGACCGUUUGCGCUGCCAAUGCAAGCCGGUGCCUCCCUGGCACUGUCAGCCGGGCUGGCCGGCGGGCAGCAGGGGCGUGCAGCCUCCGCAGCCGCCGGCCUGGCAACAACAGGUGCAGCAGAGCUGCUCCAGCGGCCCGCCGGCCGCCCCGCCGUGUGCUGCCGCGCCGUGGUGCGCCGCGUGGAGGCCUUUGCGCAGGGCUACAGCCCCGGCUAUGGCUCGCGAGGCUUUGACGGCACAUACGAGCGCGUGCUGCGCUACCCUGACGGGAAGGAGCGGCGCAUCCGCUACCCGCUGCCGCCGCCUGCGGAGGAGGUCAAGGAGGAGGAUGUGACGGAUGGCUGCUGGGCCACAGACUGCUGGAUCCCGCGGGAGCAGCACUGGGGCGGGCCGCCCCGCGGCGCCUCCGCCGGCGCCACCGCCACCGCCGUCGUCGCCAGCGCCGCCGCCUCGCCGCCCGCGCAGCACCCAGCAGACUUCCUGCCGCAGCAGCCACCCGCACAGCCGGAGCGCGCCCAGGUCCCCUCCUCUCCCAUGGAGCUCCUGCGGUACCUCAACUCGCCGGAGCACAAGCAGUCCCAGGAGCAGCUGUGGCAGAAAGUGCGGGGCAGCUACGAGGUGCUCUGCGAAGUGCCCUGGGUGGCACCCAGGCCGCUCUACCUGCUCGCGAUGCAGCAAACGGCGGCGGCGGCGGCGGCGGCGGCGGAGCCCUCCCCCGGCCUGACGUACAGCCUGCGCACGCGGGUGGCGCGGGCCGACACCGAGGACGAGCUGUCGCGGGUGCUGCGGCGCCGCGCGGCCGACGGCUCUCCGCUAAUCCGGUGCAGCGAGAUGCGGGACGGGGUGGUGGCGUUUGAGGACGAGGCAGAUGCGGAGCGGUACGGGCAGCUUCUGGAGGCCGAGGGGCUGGCAGAGGUCAGCAUGGCGCGCUGCGAUUCGCACGACCUUUUCCGCAGCGUGCAGGACGUGCGCGGCGUGGUGGUGCUGCUGCGUGCCGGCGGCGCCUUCCUGCCGCAGCCCCACCAGCUGGCCGCCUCGCUGCGCAGCACGCCCGGCGGCGGCGCGGGCGGCGGCGGCGGCGGCGAGCCGCUGUUCGACUGA